AUAAGCUCGUCCCGUCCAACCUCCAACGCUCCCGCCGGCUACUACCGAUCCAUUUUUGCCUCCUCCCAGUCUCCGUCUCCGCGUCACUAGCGCGCUCGGGAGAGAGAGGAGUGGUUGCGCUUCCGUCGGCCCCGUACCGCUUGUUGGCUUGCGCCCUUGUGCGGAGUGGAGUGGUUGCUGCUUUUGCCUAUCGCCACUGCCAUUGCCGGCAUUGGGGGGCGGGCGGACGCACCCACGCGCGGUUGACGGGAGUGACGUGACGGCACUCUGCGCGUCGCCUUGUUAUAUCCACCCCGCACCGGUCCGAUCCUCCUCGGCGACAACGAGCGCGGUCGGGAGGUUCGAGGGUAAGGGGAAGUUCUUGCGUGCGUGCGUGCGUGCGUGAAAGCCGGCCAUGGACGCGCCCUUCUUCCACGAGCUCCGGCGGCAGGCCUCCUCCUACCUCACCGGCAAGAUCCGCUCCGCGCGGCUCGUGCUCACCGACGUCACCCCGACGCAGCUGAUGACGGAGGAGGCGACGAACGGGGACGCAUCGCUGCCGAACGCCAAGACGAUGAGCCUCAUCGCGCGGGAGGCGUUCGAGAUCGACGAGUACCUCAGGAUCUCCGACAUCCUCCACACCAGGCUGGCGACGUUCGACCGGAGGCAGUGGCGGGAGCCGUACAAGGCGCUGCUGCUCCUGGAGCACCUCCUGACGCACGGCCCCCGCAGCGUGGCCCUGGAGUUCCAGAAGGACCGGGAGGUCAUCCGGCAGAUGGCCACCUUCCAACACAUCGACGAGAGAGGUUUCAACUGGGGUCUGACGGUGAAGGGCAAGUCGGAGCGGGUGCUGAAGCUGCUGGAGCGGGGGCCGUUCCUGGAGGAGGAGCGCGAGCGGGCGCGCAAGGUGGCGCGCGAGAUCAAGGGCUUCGGCAGCUUCAACCUCAGCAGCAGCGGCGGCGGCUCGCGCGCGGCGCCGCAUGUGUACGGGCGGAGCCACUCGCGGUACGAGGACCGGCCGUGGAAGGAGGAGGACGGCGAGGGCGAGGACAAGGAGAACCUGGUGUCCCGGCCCGACCCGAGGAGCGUCUGCGAGGAGGCGGCGGAGGAGCGGCACCACCGCCACCCGUUCCACGGCUUCGGGCAGCAGCGGCAGCCGGAGGCGAUGCUGCUGCUCGGCCAGUGAUCGGGGCUUCAGGAGAGGGAUGAGCGCCGUCGCCUCCCCCCUGUUCUGUACUGUACUGUACUUUAUGUCGGUGUCAGCGUGUGAUCUGAAUCUGAAGAAGAAGAAGAAGUGCGAGGUCAGUGGUUUGCUGACGUUGCUAAAUGCUUA